AUAAAAGCAAACUGGCAUUUCAGUGUGGGCCAUUCGAACCGAAAUGUUCCUUCAGCUGGUGGGUCUUCUAUUUCUGGUGGUUUUGGGUGGUGGCUCUGCGGUCUCCGAGGGCAUCGAGUCCUACGAGAACUACUACAACGAAAUCCACGUGGACGACGACGAAGCGGAAGCCAAGACCCGCAAUGCCCUGACAUCUCCUCUCCAGCGGUGGCCGGGCAACAAGAUAUACUACAGGAUAUCCACGGACUACAGCGAGCAGGAAGUGGCCAAUGUCCGGACUGCCAUGUCCAGUUUCGGAGAACAAACCUGUGUGCAGUUCGAAGAAGUCGAGGGCUCUGCUCCGGGGGGCAAACGGUAUGUGUACUUCAAGAAGUCUCCCAACAUGUGUGGCACCCGGGUAGGCUACCAGCCACUGUCCUUCGGGCCCCACGAUGUCCUGCUCAAUGAACGAUGCCUAACCAUGCCGGCGGUGAUCCAGCACGAAACCCUCCAUCUGCUGGGACUCUUCCACGAGCAAAGCCGUCCCGAUCGCGAUGAGUAUGUUCAGAUUGACUACGACAACAUUCCCAGGAAGUACUGGUCUCAGUUCAUGACCAUGGAUCAGACCACCACUUACAACGUGCCCUAUGACUACGAGAGCGUUAUGCACUACGCGAAAAAUGCCUUCGCCAAGGAUCCGUCAAAGCCCACGAUCCGCGCCCUGGUGGAGGGCAAGGCGGUGGAAAGGGACAUGGGCCAGGUGCGAGGACCCUCAGAAGGCGAUUGGACCAAGAUUCGUAUUAUGUACAAGUGUUAGACGAGUACUAGAAGGAAAAAUAUCAAAAGGACAUGGAAUGAAACCGACCGAAUGAAAUAGUUAUCUAUUACAAAGAAACAGAGGAUGAGCUAAUAUCCAAUUUGAAAUUAUCAAAGUUUGAAAAGAAGAAUGCCUGAAUUGUCGGAAUGUAUUGUAGAAACUAAAUUUAAAUACCAAUUUCGCGGCAGAAAUAAAACUGAUAACUAACUUUUAUUUGAAAGACUAUAAAAGCAAACUCGCAUUUUAGUG